AUGUCUGCCGCCGCCGCCGCCGCCGCCCCCACCGUCGUGAAAUCGGCUCCGGAGCUCAUCGCGCCAGCGGGGCCAACCCCCGGCGGCACCCUCCCACUGUCCUCCAUCGACAAGACCGCGGCGGUCCGCGUGUCAGUGGAUUUCAUCCAGGUUUUCCCCCCGGCCGCAGGAGCCGGCGGGGACCAAGACGCCGCCGUGGCCGCGAUGCGCGACGGCUUCGCGAAGGCGCUGGUGCCGUACUACCCGGUGGCCGGCCGCAUCGCGGACGCGAGCCCCGGGGAGCCCGUCGUGGACUGCACUGGGCAGGGCGUCUGGUUUGUGGAGGCCGCUGCGAGCUGCGCGCUCGCCGACGUGAACUACCUCGAGCGCCCUCUGCUCAUCCCCAAGGAGGAGCUCCUCCCGCGCCCUCCCCCCGAGGAGAAGCUCGAGGACCUCGUCCUCGUGGCUCGGGUGACCAAGUUCACCUGCGGCGGGUUCGCGGUCGGGAUCUGCUUCAGCCACCUGGUGUUCGACGGGCAGGGCGCGGCGCAGUUCCUCAAGGCGGCUGGCGAGAUGGCGCGGGGGCUGCCGGCGCCGUCGAUCGCGCCGGUCUGGGACCGCGACGCGAUCCCGGACCCGCCUAAGCUGCCGCGCGGCCCCCCGCCGUCGUUCACGGCGUUCAGCUUCGUGACCCAGGUGGUCGAGAUCUCGCCGGAGAGCAUCGCGCGCAUCAAGGACGAGUUCAAGGACGCGACGGGGCAGACCUGCUCCACCUUCGACGCUGUCACGGCGGUGGUGUUCAAGUGCCGCGCGCUGGCGAUGGCGCUCCCCGACGACGCCGAGGUCCGGCUCGGCUUCGCCGCCAGCACGCGGCACCUCCUCCACGGCGUGCUGCCGUCGGUGGACGGCUACUACGGCAACUGCGUGUACCCCGUGGGCAUCACCCGGACCAGCAAGGCGAUCCGUGAGGCGUCGCUUCCGGAGGUGGUCGGCGUCAUGCGGGAGGCCAAGGAGGCGCUCACGACGCGCUUCACGGACUGGAUGCGCGGCGGCGCCAAGGACGACCACUACAACGUGCCGCUGGACUACGGCACGGUGACGGUGUCGGACUGGAGCCGCGUCGGGUUCAACGAGGUGGAUUACGGCUUCGGCGAACCGGGGUACGUCUUCACGCUCAAUGACGACGUCAACAUCGUCGCGUCGGUGAUCUACCUCAAACCGCCCGCGCCUAAGCGCGGCAUCCGGCUCAUGCUCCGCUGCGUUGAGGAACCUCACGUUGCGGCGUUCGCCGACGAGCUCGCCAAGUUCGCGUAG